AUGGCCCCAUCUGACUGGACUGACGCAGCAGAAUGGUCAAAUAGCAGGAAGUGGACGGUGAUAGUAACGGCGUGUACCGUCACCUUCCUUGUUGGCAUAAAUUCAACAGCUCUACUUCCUGCCAGCGAGGACAUCGCUCACCGGUUUGAUGUCGACCUUACUGCAUUCGACCACACCGCGUUCCUCGUGACAGCCUGGAAUGCAGGUGCGGCAGUCGUCCCCCUAUUCAUUCUGCCGGCCAUGGAAGAUUUUGGCGUGCGUCCGACAUAUCUCACGCUAUACGCCUUGUUUCUGGUCUUUGUGAUGGUUCAGGGUGUCGCCAUGAAUUUCGCUACACUCCUUGUUGCUAGAGUCAUCGCCGGAAGUUGUGGUGGAGUUUUACAGAACGCUGUGGACGGCAUGGCAGCGGAUCUAUGGGGCAACGACACCAGAAGGAGGUCCUUGAGCCUGACUCUUUUUAUCUUUGGGCUUCUUGGAGGGGUGACCAUCGGUGCCGUAAUUGGCGGAGUGAUUCUGGCGUCUGUGUCCUGGAGAUGGAUAUCUUAUAUCCAGCUUGUAAUCUACGGCGCGUUUUUUCCGGUUGUCAUUUUCUGCCUCCACGAGACUCGACCUAGAGUUUCGAAGGGCAAGGUUCCAGUCAAGAACCGGAUCUCGUCAGCACUCAACGAAACAAUACUGCGAUCCAGUAAGAUGCUGCUCACCGAGUUCGUGGUGUCUUCUUUCACACUGUGGUCGUCUUUCUCGUUCGGCACUGUUCUCAUCAUGACACAGUCCAUACCACUCGUCUAUACGGCCCUGUAUUCGUGGUCUCCGUCGAAAGGCGGCAUCGUCCAAGUCGCUCUCUUCAUAGGAGAGACCAUUGGCCUCAUUCUAUGCGUGUUUCAAGACCUCGUGAUAUUUCCUCAGUAUUCAGAGCGUCGCUCAAAGGACUUAGAACCUCACCCUGACAACGAAAAGUCGCCGUCACUGAGGCAGGAGAUCGACAAUAAUAAGGCCGGCAAGCUACCACCCAACCCAGAAGCUCGCCUGUACACCUCUAUUCCAGCAUCACUCCUCGGCCUGACUGCUGGCUUCUUUAUCUAUGGCUGGACUUCACAACCAGAUCAAGGUUAUGCUUGGCCACUUCCAACGUUAGGGCUCCUAUUGAUCGGCGUUGGAAUCAUGGCCAUUGUCCAAGCUGUAACGAAUUACGUUACAGACUGCUACCCAACACAUGCGAACAGUGCAGUGUCAGCUAUUGCCUUUGGGGAGAACACCUUUGCUGCUUUCUUGCCAUUGGCUACACGAGAUAUGUAUACAGUUCUGGGCUUUGCAUGGGCAAGCAGUUUACUUGGAUUUCUUGCAAUCGCUGUGAGCAUCGGACCAAUACUGCUGGUUGUUUAUGGACCUAGGAUAAGGCGUAGAAGCACUAUGAUAGGAUGA